UAUAAUACCUUUAAUAGCUAUUUUUUUUUUUACUAUAGACUAAUAAUCGGGUAAGUUUGGUAUUAAAUAUAGGAAAGAGUUACAUGCCAAACUAUUUUCCCCAAAACGUGAUUCUGGGCAUUCAACAUUACAAAAACAGCGAUUUGCUACAACCGUAGAGGAGAAAGCACAUUCCCCUAGAAUUUAAGCAAUUAAGGAUUUUUUUUUUUAAAGGAGACUCCACUGCCGCCGUGUUAUCCGCCUCCCAUCCGCGCCGGUAACAGCUUUGGGAGGCUCUCCGGCACGCCUCAGCCUCUGGGUGGCGGCGUGUUGCAGGAAAAACCACGGUCAGUCCAAAACCGGAGGCGCGCACCCACAGCGCGGAGACCGCAGCCACUGUCCCCACGCCGAACAUCUGCGGACUCCGCCCGCCGACCGGCCGCUCCUCCGCCGCUUCACAGAGGGUAGGGACCCGCCCCUGGAGGUGACUGACGGGCUGUAUCCUCCAAUGGCCAGCGCGCUCGGCCCCGGCGGGCUGGCCCAGGGCCGCGGCACGCGGAGGAAUCUCUCUCGUCCCUUAGUCCCGGGCGAGGUGUUGCGGCCGGCGCCAUUUUAUCAAGCCGCCGGUCUCGGGUGCCGCCAUGUUGGUGAGGAGAAAUCACCGUUACGGCCACAGUCCAAAUCCCCGCGACGGUGCACGCCGCGCGCCCGCUCCCCAGCCUCAGCCACCGGCGGCGAAUAGAGACUAAAGCGGCAGCGCCGGCAGCGCGGGCCCGUGGCCCAGUGUUUGCAGUUAGAGCCCCACCUCUCUGGCGUGGUUGUUAAUAGACUGGAAAGUCUGUGUCUGUGUCGCUCACUAGUAACCGUGAGUUUUUACCACCUCGUCACCUCGGCGGCGGCCGGGAGCAGGCACCCGCAGGCGGCGCAGGGGUCCUCCCAGACCUGCCCUCCAGCCCCGCCCCGUUCUUGACCAAACAUGACAGACUCUGAACAUGCAGGGCACGACAGAGAAGAUGGUGAAUUAGAAGAUGGUGAAAUAGAUGAUGCUGGAUUUGAAGAAACCCAAGAAGAGGAAGCAAAAGAGGGUGAAAAGCAGAAAAAUGAGAAAACCUACAGAAAAUCAAGGAAAAAACACAAGAAGGAGAGAGAGAAGAAAAAAUCCAAAAGGAGAAAACGUGAGAAACAUAAGCAUAAUUCUCCAUCUAGUGAUGAUAGUUCAGACUACAGCCUUGAUUCAGAUGUUGAACAUACAGAAAGUUCCCACAAAAAAAGAACUGGUUUCUACAGGGAUUAUGACAUUCCAUUUCCUCAGCAUGGACAUAUAUCAGGAAGCUACAUGGCAUCAAAGAAGAGUCAACAUAACAAAAAAUGUAAAAGUAAGGAGUAUGGUGAGUACAGUACCUACAGUGAUGACAACUUCAUUCCCUACGAUGAUGACAACUUCGGCCCCUAUGGUGAUGACAGCUUUGGUACCUACGGCGAUGACAGCUUUGGUACCUAUGGUCAUGAAACAGAGGAAGAUUUUGCCAACCAGCUGAAACACUACAGACAAGCUAAAGAAACCUCAAAUACUGCUUUAGGAUCAUCAUUUUCCAAAGAAACAGGGAAAAAACAAAGAAUGAAAGGAAUUCAGCAAGGUAUUGAACAGAGGGUUAAAAGUUUUAAUGUUGGUCGUGGACGUGGUUUGCCGAAGAAAAUCAAACGCAAAGACCGUGGGGGAAGAGCCAAUAAAGGGCCUAAUAUUUUUUCAGGAAUGGAUGACUUUCAAGAGUAUAGUAAACCAGGGAAAAAAUGGAAGGUUAUGACUCAGGAAUUUAUUAAUCAGCACACAGUGGAACACAAAGGAAAACAAAUCUGUAAAUACUUUCUGGAAGGGAGAUGUAUUAAGGGAGAUCAAUGUAAAUUUGAUCAUGAUGCAGAGUUGGAGAAGAGAAAAGAGAUCUGCAAAUUUUAUUUACAAGGGUAUUGUACCAAAGGAGAGAACUGCAUUUAUAUGCAUAAUGAAUUUCCAUGCAAGUUCUAUCAUAGUGGAGCAAAAUGUUAUCAAGGAGAUAAGUGUAAAUUUUCACAUGAUGAUCUGACUAAAGAAACAAAGAAACUUUUGGACAAAGUGUUGAAUACUGAAGAAGAAUCCAUAAAUGAAGAUGAAAGAGAAUUAGAAGAACUUAGAAGGCGUGGCAUAACUCCUCUUCCCAAACCACCUCCCGGAGUUGGGCUUCUGCCAACCCCACCAGAGCAUUUUCCCUUUUCUGAUCCUGAAGAUGAUUUUCAGACAGAGCUCUCUGAUGAUUUCAAGAAAAUUCCAUCUCUUUUUGAAAUAGUUGUAAAACCUACUAUGGAUUUAGCACAUAAGAUUGGGAAGAAGCCACCAGCAUUUUAUAACAGUGCCUCACCACCAGGACCACAAUUUCAGGAUAGCAGCCCACAUCCUCAACAUAUCUAUAGUUCUGGGUCAAGUCCAGGUCCUGGACCUAAUAUGUCUCAGGGACACCAUAGUCCUGUGAUGCACCUAGGCUCCCCUGGGCAUCAUCCCUGUGCAGGACCUCCUGGUCUCCCAAUGUCACAGAGCCCACCAUUGCCGCCUGGUCCACCAGUUGUAGACCCUCAUGGUCAAGCUGGAGUACUUGUUCAACCAGACAUACCUUUGACACCACCAAGUAUGAGUGGUGCUUACCAUUGCCCAGGCUUUCCAGAGCACAUGGUGAAAGUGCCUGGAGAGAAUCACUGUUGUCCGGGUUCAGCACACAUGCAAAGUACUGGUGAAGUGCAGCUCAGCACCAAUUAUGAGUCCUUACAGAACCCAGCUGAGUUUUAUGAUAAUUACUAUUCACAGCAUGCCGUACAUACUUUUCAGCCACCCAGUAACUCUGGUGAUGGAAUGUGGCCUGGUGAAUUUGCCCCGCAUCAGCCUCCCAUAGUUCAAGACUCACCUGACCACGGGAGUGGGUCUGAUGGCAGCAACAGGACAGGCCCCAGCCCCCUGCCCACUCCGGGUCUGCUCCCUGCAGUGCAGAGAGCUCUUUUUGUCCGACUUACUCAGAAGUACCAAGAUGAAGAGCCAAGCAGCACCCAGCUUCAAAGGGCGCCAAGCAAGGAAGAAGAUGAUACUGUUAACUGGUAUUCCAGUAGUGAAGAGGAAGAAGGAAGCAGUGUCAAGUCAAUACUGAGAACAUUACAGAAACAAACAGAAACUUUAAGGAAUCAGCAACAGCCUUCUACAGAGCUCAGCACUCCCACUGAUCCGAGACUUGCUAAAGAGAAAAAUAAAGGGAACCAAAUUGUUGACCCUAGACUUAGGACUAUCCAAAGGCAAGACAUUAGGAAGUCUUCUGAGUCUGCCCCACUGGACCGUAGACUUGCAUGGGAUCCCAGGAAACUGAGAGGGAAUGGAAGUGGUCAUGUUAGCUCUUCUGGGGGAGCGAAGUCUGAUUUACAUCAUGCAAGUGCUGGCACUAAUGUCAAACACAAAAGAGGAGAUGAUGAUGAUGAAGAUGCAGAAAGAGAACUGAGAGAAAAAGCUUUCUUAAUACCUUUGGAUUCUUCCCCUGGUGUAGUACUCCAAGAUCCAAGGUCACAAUUGAGACAAUUCAGUCACAUUAAAAUGGAUAUUAUCCUAACCAAACCCAACUUUGCAAAACAUAUUGUGUGGGCUCCAGAAGACUUACUUCCAGUCCCUUUACCUAAACCUGACCCAGUAUCUUCAAUCAAUUUACCUCUGCCCCCUCUUAUAGCUGACCAGAGACUCAAUAGGUUAUUGAAUACAAAAAGCGACCUUCAUCAAAACACAGUGCCCCUUGAGUCAAAAUUAGCAGUGAAAGCCAAAAUGAACACAAACAGGGAAGGCCACGUUGAACAAUUUGGAGAUUUACAUGGUUCAGGAAGUAAAUUAGGAGACCCGAGGCUCCAAAAAAAUUUUGAUCCUAGACUUCACAGACUGCACAAUACAGAGUCUCAUCAAGUGACGGUUAUGAAGGAUUCACAUACAUCAAAGGGUGCCCCUCAGUUAGCCAGAUCAAACCCCAGGCCCUCACAGCCCUCAGGGGCCAUAACUGGCAAUUCUGGUCCUGGGGCAUUGCCUCCAUAUGCUCCGAAACUCUCUUCAGCUGGCCUUUUACUGGGAACUCCAAGUUCAGUUCUUAGUGGUAUUAGUUUGUAUGACCCCAGGGAGCAUGGGUCAGUGUCUGCAUCAGAGCUAGCAACAGAGAAUGCAGAGAACCAGAAAAACAGUGAUGGUUUAAAAAGUAGUGACAUAAAUGAGCCUUCUUCUCCUGGAAAAGCAAUCCUGCCACAGAAAACCACUGCAAAUGUGGAAGAGACUGCUGAUGGGCCAGCUGACCCACAGGGAGAUAGCCUCAGGAGUUCCGGCAUGGCUCAGGCCCCAGCAGUGCACAGCCUCCCUAUCCAGGCAUUAACAGGCUUAAUUAGACCCCAGUACAGCGAUCCAAGGCAGCCACGGCAGCCGGGACAGGUGAGCCCCAAUCCAGAUAAUGAUCCCAGUAGAGAAACUGAUGAUAAAUCUCUGAAAGAGGUUUUUAAAACUUUUGAUCCAACUGCUUCACCGUUUUGUUAGCUAUUGUGUAACUAAGCAAUUCUUUUCACUCUUGUGACUGUUGCAGUCCUCUGCUGUUUUGUAACUGGUUUACCUCUAUAGUUUAUUUAUUUUUAAAUUAUAAACACUUUUCAGCUGCUAGUGUCAGAACCACAUGAAAUUAUAUCAUCUGAAGCCUGUAGUAUUUUAUAUAAUAUUUUUAUAACUUUGAGAAACUGUAGUAAUUGACAUAGAAACCUAUAUAUCAUGUUAGCAUCAGUAAAAGUACUUUUAUUGUAAAUAAACCAUCAUGAACUCAACACUCUGCCUGAAUAUAUGCUGAUUGUCUUUCAUAAUUGAUGUUUAGAUAAAUGAUUACCAAUUUUAUAUGGUUGUUAGUUUCAAGCAAUAUGAUGUACAUUACUUUUGAAGAACAGUAUUUUGACUAGGAUCCUAUUUGUCCACACAGAACUGAUUAAUAUGUAAUGCUCACUGAUAACUAAAAUGUAAAAUGAAGUAAAGAAAACAUUUUUAAACCACAAUUAGAGCAGUUCAUGGUUAAGGGCAUCACUUUUGUUAGUAUUGACAAUAUUAUUUGUGUAAAGGAAGCAUUUGAAUGUCAUUAAAAUAUUUUAUUGUAUACUGUUAUCAUAGAAGUUGGAGAUGUAUAGAUUGUUUGCUAAAGUGAAAUAUUCCCAGUUUCUCUAAUACAACUUUUUAAAUUUAAUUUUUCACAUUAGUUAUAAGUUACUGCCUUGUUAUAUUGUGAUGUUUAUGUGUUUUAAUGUUUUUUGUCUUCAGCAGCAUAAUUUAUAUUACUUUUUCAAAUGAUGUAGCUGCAAUAAUUGUAUUCAUCAUGACUUUGGCAGUUUUUAACAAAGUUAGUGAUUUAAAUAAAUUUAUGAAAAUUUAGUGAUUAUUGCAUUAAUAAUGUUUUAAAUGUCCAGGUUCUGUAUUUUUUCUUAAAUAGCAAGAAAACACAGAGAUGGUAUAGUCAGCUGUAUAUGGCUACCAAUAAAGAAUCUUUUUCAUAUCUUACCUGACUGGCAUUCUAUAACAGAGACUGUCUGGUGUUUUAAGUAUUUAAUAUCCUCAUAGUUUGGAAAUCUCCUAAACUGACUAGAAAUUGUAUUUUUAUGAAAAAUAAUUUGUAUUCAUUCUUGUGUAUUUGUUGCAGUAUACAAAUAAUGGCAGCCCUAUUUGUUUUAUAUAUGUAUUAUUUAUAACUGAAAUUAAGUAUUACACUGAUAUAUCUUGAACUGGAGGUAUAUAUGACAGUGUUCACUGGUAGCAACUCCAACAAGUAACUUGAAAUGAAGCAUCUCAUUAUGAAAGAUAAUCAAAGUACAAGAACAGUCCUUAGAUGAAGAACUAACCUUGAGAAGUGAUUUUAAAAAUACACAGCAAAUAUUUCUGUGGGAACCUAACAUUCAACAAAUGGUUUAAUGUUAAUACAUACACUUUUUUUUUUCUCUUGAUUCCAUGCUGAAAUGGGGUUGCAGUUAUGUGAACAGGGACUUUGCCUGCCUAAGAAGUUCAUUGCAUUAUAGGUGGAAGUACAGUUAGUUGUUCAAGGGACUGUGAAUUUCUAUUUAUACCUAGAUUCCAUUGUUGCCCAAAAAGGCUCUGGAUAACAUUUUGGGGUUAAAAAUUUCAGUUCAAAACCACCACAGAAGUUAUUUUCUGAGUUACUCUCCAAGUGAACUUUAUUGAUAAUUAAAAAGUCAAUAAAGUGGAUAAAACUGAUAGAAAAAAUUACAUGCAAUGUUUUUUUAUCAGAAAAAUAUCUGAAUUUUAGUAACUAAAUUGAAAUGUUUAGCAAAUAUUUAUUUCGCUCUUAUAUUUUAUAACUACUGUUAAGUAAAUAAUGCUGUUUUUAUGAUAUUUUAGAUAUCAUAAAAAAAAGGUAAUUUGACUUGUUAGAGAUCAAAAUAGAAUCCAAAUUCUUAAUAGAGUAUGAUUUUUACUAAGAAAGAGAAAAACUAAUUUAAAAGUCAGAUUCAAAAACAACGCAAAUUAUGAUGUUCAUUUACUCAGAAUUCUUGACUCCCUGUUACAGAAUCUAUUUUACAACAAAAUUUGGGCUUACUUUCAAAUUUAAGAAUAUAUUUAUAUGAAAAUGUUUUAUUUAUGUUUAAAAUAAGAAUUUUUAUUUCUGAUGCUUUUUAACUUGAGAUAUCUUUAGUUUAGGGAAUAUUCUAUUAUAUCCUGUCUGCCUGGAUUAUUUUAAUACUCUUUUUUUUCCUACUUUCUCACCAAAAUUUAAAAAGUAGCCAUUUCCCCCAGUAAAUAAGCUCCUUUUUAAGGGGAAUUGGUGUUUUUAUAAUCCAUAUAAUUUAAUUUACACCAGUACACUAAAAAGUACAUGAUAUCUCUAUUUUUGGGAGCCAUACAUUAUAGAUAGCAGAAAGAAGUGUAUCUUAAGAAUCUGGAUUAAACUAAUUGGUAUACAGUUUAUCUGUUCAUACUGGUUUGUGACAGAAUUCUUACCACCUGUUCAUUUUGAUGUUAAAUAAAGUGGGAUAUACCACAGGACAUUGAAGUGGUACAAUCAGAUGAUCAUAAUUUGAGCAACUACUUUCCCAUAUCUUGCUUAGUUUUCAUUUAAAAUUCCUAUCUCUGGCACUUCCCAGUUAGGAACUCGUUUUGAACCUUGAAAAUGAACCAUAUGUUGGAGUGAUUUCCAACUCUUGCUUCUCUCAGCAUUAGGUCUGUUUCUGUCUGAAACCUCUGUCUUUACACAGCUGUGUGCACCAAACCCCAGAAUAAGGUUGCAACCAAAGCAGCCUAAUUAUGAAAUGAUGUUGCUGAGGUUUCUAUUUCUGUUAACUUGCUGUGGAACUUCGCGUAGUUUUCUUUGUUAGUCUUUGUCUUAAGAAUUGAUGGUUGAUUAGUGAGGAAAUCUUGAAAGAGUGUUCAAAUAUGUCACUUUGCUUAAUUAGAAAAGAUGGAAGAAAGGAGAAUUUACGAGGACUGGAGGUUUAAAGACAAUGAAUUCAUAUUCUUGCUCUGAAUUUAUUUAUAGGCCUUUUGUCUUAUGUCUAGUCCAUUAUCUGUGAAAUGGGUAUAAUUUUGAGUGCUCACAGAUUUGAUACGAGUGAAUAAAUUAUUAUUUUAAAGUAUUUGUAAAUAUAAAGUUGCUUUACAACUUCUGCAAGCUUGGCCAUUAUAAAAUCACCCACUAGGGUGCAUUAAGUUAUACAAAUGCAAAAAUAAUAUGCUCUGGUUUGUGUGGUUCACCAGUUUUAUGAAGUUUCAGAUAAUAUACAUUGAAGACACAAUAGAAUUGCCUAAGAAACUGUUUCAGAGAAUAUUAACCUAUCAAGUUAGCAAUUUCCUUAAACAUUUUGUGUCUUAGUAAGACACAGGACUUCCCUACUUCAGAGCUAUAUAGACUUGUAGUAUCUGUUCAAGAUUUGACCCCUCUGCCCAUUUUGUACAGGUUGGAUAUUGAUGGAGGGCUAAAAAUGCUGUGACUGUCCAUGUUGUAUGGUGUGUUUGUUUAAAUCAUAGCCUGUGUGGUGUGGGCAAAGUGGCCAAUUCAUUCAGAAUAAAAGCCAUUUGCUCUUAGAAAUUACAAACAUAUUUACUCCCACCUCUUAGUAUAUGUUUCUACAAACAUGUAAAAUGAAGUCUUUCUGAGUAAACACUUGCUUGAUAAAGGUAUCAUUUUCCUUUAGUUAAUGGCAACGUGAAAUUUGGAAGUUCCUAAGGCUUAGAUGUGAGGUCUUGUCCAAAUCUUUCCAUUUGCACAACCUAGAGUCUCAUGGUGGAGAUGUUCUUCCUGAGUUCACCCUUCUCGCUGGGGGUUACACUUGGGAGGGGUAGUGUGUGUUAAAAGGCUGUACCUGGGAGGGGUGGUCUGCAGUCAAGCAGUUCACUGAUAGAGCCCCUGCAAAUUUAACUGAUUGGCUUUCUGUAAAUUCCUAUAAAAGAAAGAGUUGUAAUUAUGUUCUCAGAAAUGAUUUGGCAGCACUUGGUAAUAUCUUCAAAAUUAAGUUUAGUAAGAUAUAAAAGUCGUUAGUAAACUUAAUAAGGCUUACUUUAGGGAAUCUAAGCUUUGACAAAAUGUCACCAAAUAGGACCUGAGCAUUUAAAGCUGUUUUCUUCACUUACCUGUUAUGAGUUAGCAUUUAUGUAAUGCCUUUUCCCCAAGUAGCUUGUGAUUUGCAGAACCAGUUUCAGUAGCUACCAAUCACUAUAUUGCUGGAGUUUAGUUUUUGAGUAUGUUAGCAGUAUCUGCCAGUUGUAAAAGCCCCAAUUAAACUGCCUUUCUUGGAAAGAAUACAGACCAAAGAAAGGAUUCUGAGAUAAUACCAACAUAAUAUUUAGAAUUUCUGUUUUUUAAUAAGAAAUAAUAAGGAAUUUUAAACUGUACUUUAUGCUUUUGGAGACAGAAUCCUUACGUGUCUCCAGACUUUUCUGUUUCCCCAUAGCAACAAGCCUAGUUCUAGGUGCACAGUGGGCACUUUAUUAACUGCUUGUUGAUGCUUCCCCACAUCCAUCCAAGCUUAGGUAUUACAGGGGCUGUCGCCCAUUAGAGCAGACGUGGCAGACCAUUCUGUAUUAUAUCAUAAUUAGAAAGAGUACUAUUCAUAAAUUGUAUCUCUUUAAGGAGAUACAGGACACCUACCUUCUCUUGUUUUGUCCACCCAUCCACCAAACCAACCAAACAAUGUGAAGGUAGGGCUGUGGCAGCUUAAUUUAAGAGUUAAAUGUUUCUACAGUAAUUCAUAACUCUUAAGAGUCCUCCAGACUCACAAGGUAACUUUACUACUUCGUGGUGAGGUUUGAAUAAGUCAAUAAUCUAUUCCUGUAGAUCUAUGAGGGUUUCUUUCUGUAAUCCGAAAGAACUGCAUAACCAGAGUCCUGUAUUUUUAUUUCAAAAUGUAUUUCUUUAAUUUUCCUGUUCGCCUCAAAAUAUCAACUAAGAUUAUGAAGAUACGUCUAAAAAUAGCAUUUAAAAUUUCUUUUAUCCUAACACCAUAAACAGUAAUUUACCCCUUCAUGUCAUGAAUUGGACUCUAAAUUUGGGUCUUGUGUCUGGUCCUUAAACACCCUUCAUUACCCUUUGGAAUAGAACAAUCGUGCUACAACUGGCAAACUCAUUGUAGGCUAAAGAAAACCUGUAUCUUCAAAUGAGAUUGUGAGUUCUUGUAAUAGUAUUUUAUAGCUUUGUUUAUCCUUGAAUCUCUGUUUUUUAAACCAAGAAUUUAUAAGAAAAAAGUUGACAUACAGCUAAUUACAGUAUUUUAGGAAAAAAUCACCUCUGUGAAUUAUUGGGCCCCAUACUUCUUGGCUUACUACUAUACUGAUUUAAUAUCUCUAUGAAUAUAUUAAGGUUGAGAGGAGCAAUGAAAUUUGCUUUAGCUAAUAUUUUGUCAGGGGUCUGAUACAUAGUUUAUUGUAAAGGAAUUACAUAUAUAUAGGCCUGACUUUUUAAAAAAUUAGUCAUGUUGCUCCCAAACCUCUAUUACAAGCAGUAUCUUGGGGAUGUCAGUGAUAGACUACACAUUUUAUAUGCUUUUUAAAUAGAGGUGAAAAAUAAUAAAUUAUCUAUUACUACAGGUAGGAGGUUUUUGUCCACCUCUAUUUUACGUCUGUCCUCCAUUUAAGUGUUUGAGAGGGAAGUCAAAUAAGAUAGAAUAUCUAUUCAAGAGGUAGAAUUAUAUUUCCUUAUAAAAGUGACAAGAAAUAGUAAUUUGUAUACUUAUUUGCCAAAGUUUUUUUAAAAAUGUACGUUCCUUACCCUAAAUCCUCUGCUCCCCAUCCACCACUAAGAAGGGGCUCAGUGUAGUCCCAGGAUUCCAGGGCCCCGGUAAUUUUGUUGUUAGUCUAGGGCUUCUGUGCCUGCACAUGACAAGGGCCUUGAUGGCUCUUGUGUCCUAGGGACGCUGUGUGUAUGUGUGUGUGUAGGGAGUUACUGUGUCCAGACGUAAUGAUCACCCAUUUUCUAUCAGAUCCACAGGCAACAGCUGUGGGCUGAAAUCCAGGUUAAACCUAUUCAGAAUGAGAUGGAAUUUUUUUUUAACUUCCUAGUGUUAUUUCAAUUCCCCAAGUUGUAUCUUAAGUGUUGGGGAAAUGCUGCCUUUACUGUUUCAGUUUGGAAGGUGUUACCAGAUACCAAUUUAGUGGACUACCUGAGUUGUUAAUCUACUGUCUGUUCAAAAGAUACCAGCAAGGGGUGUGUUUGGCUGACUUGGUCAAUUAUUCUGUUACAGGACUAACAAAUCACUUGGUAAAAUCAAGAAUAUCUUCUACUACUUCUCAUUUACUAAUAACUAGCCCAAGUUACAUUCUAUUGCAAGUUUCUGUAAUUUUUGCUGUGAUACUUUCUAUUGUCCUAAUUCAAAUAAAAGUAUUUCUAGUAAUA